AUGAAGCUAUUUACAACUACAGCCGUGACAGUUGUUCUUUCGUUGAUACUGAUUGAUUUUGUGUCAACACAACUCUAUCAGAAAUCGAUCAAUUGGGACAAUCGUGCCCAAGGUCAAUAUACAGAUGCUAUGGCCAAAGCUGAUUUUGGUUCGGUCAGCGGAUGGAAAAACGAUCGUGCAUCGAUCUCAGACGGGAAAUUACGUAUCACUUUACGAAAAAAUGCAUUGGGUGGGGAAAGCGGUAUCAUAUCCAACACAAGAAUCCCAGAUGGUUCUGCAUAUGAGUUGGAUUUUGACGUUCGGUUUCAUAGUCAAUUCGACUGGAGUCGUGGUGGAAAAGUUGGUUUCGGUUUUGGCAUCGGAAAUCGAAAUACAGGAUGCAAUCCCCCAAAAGAUGGAGCGGGUGGAACUCUACGUUUAAUGUGGUACAAUGAUAAUAAACGAGUCUAUUUCAUUCCAUAUGUUUAUUAUUAUGGUAUGCCAGGGCAGUGUGGAGACAAGUUUGGCAAAUCGUAUCCAUCAACUGGUAGUAUUGAAAAAGGCAAGUUGUACAGAGUUCAUAUGUAUGUCAAAUCAAACACUGGUAAUAACGCCAAUGGACACGUCCAAAUAAAAAUCAACGGAGAAGUGCUAAUUGAUCAGAGCAUCCGGUGGACAACCAAUGACAGUAAACGACUUAUUAACAACUUGUCUUUUCACACAUUUCGUGGAGGAAGCGAAGAUCAUUGGAAAUCCAACGUUGAUAGCAUGAUUUACUAUGAUAAUUUGUCUGUCAGACAAAUUAGUAAAUGA